UACAAAGUAAGGCUUGUGGCCAAGGGAUACUCACAGCAGUUUGGGAUAGAUUACACAGAAAUGUUUGCACCAGUCGUUCGUUGGGACACCAUUCGAAUGAUUCUAGCUCUUGCUGCUCGCAAAGGUUGGAGUGUGUACCAGCUUGAUGUGAAGAGUGCUUUCUUGCAUGGGGACUUGAAUGAGGCAGUGUUUAUUGAGCAACCUUGGGGCUAUGAAGUGAAGGGAGAAGAAGACAAGGUUUAUAGACUCAAGAAGGCCCUAUACGGACUUAAACAAGCCCCUUGAGCUUGGUACAACAAAAUUGAGUCCUAUUUCAUGAAAGAAGGUUUCGAAAGGUGUCUGAAUGAACAUGUCUUAUUUACAAAGGCAAAAGAAGGAGGGAAAUUGCUUAUGGUGAGUGUGUAUGUUGAUGAUCUCAUUUUCACAGGGAAUGAUGAAGCAAUGUUCGAAAAGUUCAAGAACUCUAUGAAGCAAGAGUUCGACUUGUUUGAUCUUGGGAGGAUGAAAUACUUUCUCGGUGUGGAAGUGGAGCAAAGCAGUGAAAGAAUCUUCAUCAACCAAAAAAAGCAUGCUAAUGAAGUGCACGAAAGGUUUGGUAUGGAGCAUUAUAAUGCGGUAAAAAAUUCAAUCGUACCAGGUUUUAGGCUUGUGAAAGAUGAAGGUGGCGUUGUUGUUGAUGCAACUGCUUACAAACUGUUGGAGUAUAGAUAGUAGUCUAGGUUUAUUAGGAU